GUCACAGCCGCUAGGACAUAGCAGGCUGCUGGUAGCAGCCCUAGACAAAAACAAUACACAAUUUACUCAAAUGGAAGUAUAGUAUAGUACCUUCAUUUUCCGAGAAGGCGCUGUUGUUAAUGACGAUGUUGCAACCCCGCCAUUGUUUAUCAAGCUGUCAGGCUAACAGUGUCAGCUUGUUUUGUUGUUUUUCUCUUGUGCAUUUCUAGACAAUUUAUAUUGCAAACUAUUUGCGAAGUAUUGUAUUAAAACAAUACUGUUUUACAUUUUGAAAGAUGGUUGCCGUAUAUUGUGCGGUUAAUAGUUGUUGGGGAUCCAAGGAAUCAAAACAUUCCUUUCCAAAUCCUUCAAAGAAUUUAGACUUGUUUAAUAAAUGGGUCAAGUUAUGUGCCAACAAACGACUUCUUGAGAUGACACCCCAAAAAAUUUACACCAACUGCAGAGUUUGUGCAAAGCAUUUUACUCUGAAAGACUUUUUACGUAAUAAUAGACUUGGCCGUCAGGCUUACCCAACAUUAUUAUUACCAGAUGAAUCGGGUGCAAAUAAUUCAAAUGGAGAUUUUCCACAACCAAUGGAGUUCAUUAAAGUAGAGCCAACAGAUUGUUGUGAUACUGUGGAAGAAAUACUUCCAGAAGAAAAUUUGGAAAUAAAAGAAGAGGAUUUAAGCGAAGAAAUUGAUAUGGAAUUUGCAGAACAGUGUAUAGAUUAUGCAAUAAAAUAUUUGAAGCAACGUAGCAAGACAAAUAAUAGACUUGGCCGUCAGGCUUACCCAACAUUAUUAUUACCAGAUGAAUCGGGUGCAAAUAAUUCAAAUGGAGAUUUUCCACAACCAAUGGAGUUCAUUAAAGUAGAGCCAACAGAUUGUUGUGAUACUGUGGAAGAAAUACUUCCAGAAGAAAAUUUGGAAAUAAAAGAAGAGGAUUUAAGCGAAGAAAUUGAUAUGGAAUUUGCAGAACAGUGUAUAGAUUAUGCAAUAAAAUAUUUGAAGCAACGUAGCAAGACAAAUGUAGUUAAUAGAAUUGUGUUUUUGGAGAAUCUUAAAAAGGACUUACCAACAUUAGAGUGACUUUGGUAUAAGUAUACCAAUGAUAUUUUUUUUAUUUAAUACAAAUUGUAUUAUACAAUAUGUAUUAUAGAAGGCUGUUUUUUGUGUAAAUAAAAUUUUAUAUAAAAUUG